UCCCCUAAUUAUCCUCCUUUACCAUUAACCACCAAAUAGGGGAGAAAAAGGAAACCUUAUAACCAUCAAACUCUAUUUCUAUUUUGUCCAACAAAUUAAUAUCCCAUUCCAUAUUCUCCUCUUCUUGGGAAAAUAGGGAGAGAAGAGAGAGUACUUUGUUUGUAUUUUUUUGGCUUAUUUUUCAGGUUGCACAUACACAAAUUAAAUUCUUAUUGAAGGGAAAAGGAAGAUUCUGUUAAGCUUAAUAUGUUUUGUUGAAAUAAAUAAUCAUUAAAUUGGUGAUGGAGUUGUGGGAGAAGAUGAUGGAUCCUAUGCGCAAAGCUUGGAGUAGAGUUUCUACACGUCUUCACAUUCGUAAAACUGGGCAUGUAAAGCUACACCGUGAUGUGAGGAAAUGUGAAUAUGAAGAUGUUCAAAUUUUGUGGGAUAUGCUGAAAAAGAACGAAACAGGAGACGCUACUAAAUCUCCUGGACGCAAAAAAGUUCGAUUUUGGGAUAUUAUUGAUUGGGCUAAACGUGCUCCCUUCAUUUGCCGUAGCGUGUGAUCAAUAUGUUUUAAUUGUAUUUUCUGCUUGCAUAUCUCAAAUAUCUGUGUGUUUUUAUCAAGAUGAAUGAUCGUGAACUCUUUCAUGCCCUUAGUUUCACUUAAUUGAAACGGAACUAUAUAUUGAUCAUGUGGAUUUAUGAGAUUUGGUUCUAGUGGUAGUUUGAAAUGUUGCAUGAAUGAUAUUGGAGUAUGUAUAAUUUCUUGGAG